AUGGAACUUCCCAUCCUUUCCAUCUUUCUCUUCUUCAUCUCUCUUUUAUGGUUCAUUAUCAAACCAUAUCUCCAUUCUAAGGCGAGAAAGCUACCACCUGGUCCUACUGGUCUCCCAAUAAUUGGGUCACUGCUAAAGCUAGGUUCUAAACCAAACCGAUCAUUAGCCGAGCUAGCCAAAAUACAUGGCCCUCUCAUGACUCUAAAGCUCGGCUCAGUCACAACCAUAGUAGCCUCCUCGGCCGACAUAGCCAAAGAGAUCCUCCAUAAACACGACGAAACAUUCUCAGCACGCAUUGUUCCCGUUGCUGUUGCUGCCCAGCCGAACCCAGAAGCAACCCUAGCAUGGGUCAACGGCGAUCACUUGUGGAAGAAAAAGAGAAGAUUUCUUAGCACGCAGAUGUUCACUAACCAAAGACUCGAUUCGCUCCAAGAACUCCGUCACCAAAAGGCUGCACAACUAGUGAGUCACAUAAGGCAGCAAAGUCAAAGGGGUGCAGCUGUUGACAUAGGACGUGUUGCUUUUGCAACGACGUUGAAUUUAAUAUCGAAUACCGUUUUCUCCAUUGACAUGGUGGACCCUGAAUUCAAGACAGCUCAUGAAUUCAAGGAAUUAGUUUGGACAAUUAUGGAGGAUGCUGGGGUACCUAACUUGUCUGAUUAUUUCCCGGUUUUAAAGCGGUUUGAUUUGCAAGGAGUGAAGCGUCGUAUACAGCCAGCAUAUUUAAGGUUGCAUGAAAUAUUUGACCAAGUAAUUCAGAAGAGAGUAGAAGCUAGAGCCAAAGGGGUGCUGAAGACAGGUGAUUUCUUGGACGUACUACUUGAUCAAUUUGAAGAAGCUGAUGUGACUGGAUUUGGCACAGAGAUCAAGCCUCUUAUGGUG